CGCUCUCUUUUAUUCAACUCAAGAAGUCUCCGAAACUCAAUAUUCAACAUCAACGGAGAAGAAAGAAGUAGGAAGAGAGAAAGAGAUGACGAGCAAGACUCUGGUGAUCGGGGCGACGGGUUACAUAGGAAAAGUCUUCGUCGAGGGAAGCGUCAAGUCCGGCCACGCCACUUUCGCUCUGGUCAGAGAAUCCUCUCUCUCCGAUCCCGUUAAGGCCAAACUCGUCCAGAGUUUCAAAGACCUUGGCGUCACCAUACUCUACGGAAGCUUAAAUGAGAAAGAGAGCUUGGUGAAAGCGAUCAAACAAGUAGAUGUCGUGAUUUCUGCUCUAGGUCGAACCCAGAUUCUAGAUCAGGUCAACAUCAUCGACGCCAUCAAAGAAGCUGGAAAUGUCAAGAGAUUCUUACCUUCGGAAUUUGGCAAUGACGUGGACCGUACGGUGGCCAUCGAGCCGGCGUUAUCGGAAUUCAUCAUGAAAGCUCAAAUACGUCGUGCCAUAGAAGCCGCGGGGAUACCUUAUACGUAUGUUGUCACAGGUUGCUUUGCUGGCUUUUUCGUACCUAGUUUGGGUCAAUGCCACUUGCGACUCAGAACUCCUCCUACUGACAAAGUUUCCAUCUACGACAGUGGCGAUGCCAAAGCUAUUAUCAACACAGAAGAAGACAUUGUUGCGUAUACAAUGAAAGCUGUUGAUGACUCGAGAACCCUCGACAAGAUUCUCUACGUCCAUCCACCCAAGAACAUUGUCUCGCAGAACGAUAUGGUCAGUUUGUGGGAGAGAAAGAUCGGUAAGACUCUGGAGAAGAUUUAUGUUUCAGAGGAAGAACUUCUCAAAAGCAUCCAAGAGGCUCAGCCUCCAAUGGAUUUUGUGAUGGGUUUGAUCCAUACAGUACUAGUGAAAGGUGAUCUUACCUCCUUCACUAUAGACCCUUCCGUUGGAGUGGAGGCUUCCGAGCUUUACCCUGAUGUCAAGUACACCAGUGUCGAUGAGUUUCUCAACCAGUUUGUUUGAGACACAAACAAACAAACCUCCUUUUAUGUUGCAUUUUAAUAAUCUGAGAUCGAUUACAUUCGAGUUUUUUAGACGCUAAUCUUUUAAUUCAAACGAUCCUUAUUAUUUGA